ACCAUUCUCAUUUUCUCUCACUACAUCUCUCUCACUCAUACCCUACGUCACUUUCUCUCUCUUCGCCGUCAACCUCACCGCCACCGUUACUCACCACACACACAUGGCAGACACUCAGAGAAACAGAACCCGUCCCGCCGCUGUCGGUCACCGGCAGCCAAACCGAUUGCAAAGCCGUGCUCCGUCAUCACUCCAGAUCAACCGUACAGUCGAUUGGAACGUCGCGAUUCCUCUUCUGUCGCCGGUGGAUUCGUCACCGCCGCCUCAACAACUGCCGCUAGCAGCGAAAAGAGAGGAGCUCAAACCGAAUCAGCAGCAGCAGAGACGGCAGAUCGCUGAGACGGAAAAGAUAGUUUUCAAAAAGUGGCAGCAUCCUGCCGCUCCGUUUUGCUACGAGGCUACUUCGGUGGUUCCUCCAUUUUGUUAAUUUAACAUGUAAACUUUGAAAAGAAGGAAAAUUUAAAUGUAAUUUAACACUGUUUUUUCGUUACUGUACACAUAUACUUGACAUAAUUUCAAUUUCAUAGUCAUAAGACCAUUUACAAUGGGGUGUUGAAAAAAUUAUUCAAUAGUUGAAUGUCUACAAUGGUUUGUUGAAUGAGGUGUUUAAUGUGAUGUGGAUUAAUUGGUGUUGAAAAGAUUCAACAUGUUGAAUGAGAAAAAAGUGAGGCCACAUGCAACACUUUACACAA